AUGGCUGCCAUCAGGACUGGGUUGACUCCCGGCUGUUUGACAAGAUGUUUCCUGAGGCAGACAGGAAAACCAAGCCGAGGCAGCGGUCCUCUCUCGGAUAUUUGGACCCACGUUAUUAUGCAGUUAGUGCAUCUGGCCGACACGUCUUUGUCCUCCUCCUGUCCACACAGCGGUUAAUCCAGAGGUCCCAUCUGCACACAGUGUUUGAGUGCCGCAGCCCUGCCACCAGGGCUCUGCUGGGCCGCAGACAGCACGGCGAGCUCCUCUGGGUGAACGCCCUGGCAGUCAGACACAGCAGCUCACAGAUUCAACCUGAUGGUGGAUCCAUUGCAACUCCAGUAGUAGAAACCUCCAACAGUCCUCCAGUCCUGGAGCCCUUAACCAUCACACAACCAGUCACUGAACAGAUCCCAGUUGGGUCAGUUUCCAGUGCGGUACCAGCAGCAGAGAGAUCUGCCCUUCCUCUUGUGUCUGCUGACCCCACGCCUGUUUUAACACAGCCGGUCACUGAGCAGGUGGCUGAUGCUGCACCGACUGCUGCAGAGGUCCUGCAGGCCGUGGGUACAGAGCCUCGGUUAGUAGAGCUUGGACUGGGUGGUCACACACCAGUGGGGGUGAUCCAGAACAUGUUAGAGUUCAUUCACAUGGAUCUGGGUUUGCCCUGGUGGGGAGCCAUUGUUGUAGCCACCGUGUUGGCUCGUUUGGCUGUGUUUCCGGUCAUAGUGAAGGGCCAGCGAGAGGCAGCCAAGCUGAACAACGUGCUGCCUGAGAUGACCAAAAUGACCAACAGAAUGAAUGAGGCCAAGCAGAGUGGAAACAAAUAUGAAUUUGCCAAAACCUACUCUGACCUGAACCUGUUCCAGAAGAAGCAUGACGUGAAUCCUCUCCGUGGCUUCCUGGUUCCUUUGGUGCAGGCACCGGUCUUCAUCUCCUUCUUCAUCGCACUGAGAAAGAUGGCCUAUCUGCCGGUGCCCAGCUUGCAGACAGGAGGCGUGCUGUGGUUCACAGACCUGACAGCAGCAGAUCCUUUCUAUAUUCUGCCUUUGGCCGUCACUGGAACCAUGUUCUUCAUCCUGGAGCUGGGUGCAGAGUCUGGCAUCGACAACCCCAACCUGCGAGCCAUGAAGACCGUGUUCAGGAUCAUGCCUCUAGUCAUCUUCCCUCUCACAGUCAACUUCCCCACGGCCAUCUUUACCUACUGGCUGACCUCAAACUGCUUCUCUCUGUGUCAAGUGGCUCUGCUCAGACACCCCGUAAUCAGAAACAAGUUGAAGAUCCCUGAAAGGAUCAAACACCCAGACUCCGCCAUGCCACAGAGCGACGGAUUAAUUGAAAGCAUGAAAAAGGGUUGGAAGAAUGCUCAGCUGGCCCAACAGCUGGAAGAGAGGGAGAGAAGAAUAAAAAAUCACCUGGACCUCGCUGCCAAAGGUCCACUGAGGCAGACUUUCACCCACAAUCCUCUAGAGCAGAAGCCUCCCAUUGCCGCAGCAUCAGCUAAAGACAAGUCCACUGGAGGGAAGGCGAGACCGUGGAAGGACACUAUUGGAUAAAUCUGAUGGGCUGUUAGCUUCACAGUAAUAAUGAAUUGUGUACAUAUUUAUGGAUCGAAGAGAGGUCGGUUUGGGACAGGGUCGUGAUUAUGAUUGUGUGUUCUAAUAAAAAUGUAAACUCUGCCUCAAAACAA